ACCCCGGGGACCCGGCGGGACCCUGCCCGCACCUAAGGGUGCCAUGAGCCCCCCCCGGCAGCAGGUGCUGGCCGCCAUCCGGGCGGAGGUGAAGCGGCACGAAGGGGCCAAGAAACACGUGAAUAAGUUGAUUCGGUUGGUGGAGACGGUGCCGGACCCGCGGCUCCGGGCCAGCCUCACCGCGUCCCUCUGCGUGGUGCAAGAGGCCUUGGUGAACAGCCAGGAAUGGACCCUGGGCCGCUCCGUCCCCGAGAUCCGGCUGGGAGUCCUGGGCAGCAGCAAGAGCGGGAAGUCAGCACUCGUCCACCGCUUCCUCACCGGCUCCUACGUGGGCCUGGAGCCCACCGAGAGUGGUCAGUUCAAGCGCGAGGUGAUGGUCGAUGGCCAGAGCCACCUCCUGCUCAUCCGGGAGGAAGGAGGCGCCCCGGACGCCAAGUUUGCCAGCUGGGCAGACGCCGUCAUCUUCGUCUUCAGCCUGGAGAACGAGAGCAGUUUUGAGGAGGUGACGCAGCUGCACGCGCUGCUCAGCGGCUACCGGGGCACCAGUGAGGUGGCCCUGGCGCUGGUGGGCACCCAGGACAAGAUCAGCUCCUCCAACCCCCGGGUGAUCGAGGAUGCCCGAGCCCAGGCGCUCUGCGGGGACAUGAAGCGAUGCCUCUACUACGAGACCUGCGCCACGUACGGCCUCAAUGUUGACCGGGUCUUCACUGAGGUCGCCCAGAAGGUCGUGGCACUGAAGAAGCAGCAGCAGCUCGUGGCGUCCUGCAAAUCUCUGCCCAGCACCCCCAGCCACUCCGCCGCAUCCACCCCCGUCGGGGGCAUCCACCCGGGCCAGGCCAGCAACGGUGGCCACACCAGCGACUACUCGUCCUCACUGCCCUCCACCCCCAACGUCAGCCACCGGGAGCUGCGGAGCGAGACCCCAGCCCCGCUGGGCACCCCCAGCUCCCUGCACCGCGGGGCCAAGCGCCGCACCAGCCUUUUCGCCACGCGCCGGGGCAGCGACUCGGAGAAGCGGAGCCUGGACAGCCGGGGCGAGGUGGCGGGCAGCGGCCGCGCCAUCCCCAUCAAGCAGAGCUUCCUGCUGAAGCGCAGCGGCAACUCCCUCAACAAGGAGUGGAAGAAGAAGUACGUGACCUUGUCCAGUAACGGGCUCCUCUUCUACCACCCCAGCAUCAACGACUAUAUCCACAGCACCCAUGGGAAGGAGAUGGACCUUCUCCGUACCACCGUCAAGGUCCCCGGCAAGCGCCCGCCCCGCGCCAUCUCCGCCUGCGGCCCCUCCGCCAGCAUCAACGGGCUGGUGAAGGACGUGGGCGGCGGGACGGCGCCCGAGGGUGGUGCUGGCGCCUCCCCCGUGGGGCUCAGCCUCCCCCCAGAGCCGGGGAUGAAGGGCGCGGGCAAGGCUGAGCGGUCCCUGCAGCGCUGCGCCUCUGCCUCCAGCACCAAGCUGUCCGGCUCUGACGCUCCCCCGGCCUUCGAGGCCGUAUCCAGCCCCAGCAGCUCAGGCAAAGACCCGCCGCCGUCGCCCAUGAUCGACAGGAAGAAGCACCGGCGGAAGAAGCUGAUGACGCCGUCCAAGACGGAGGGUUCGGCUGGGCAGGCAGAAGCCAAGCGCAAAAUGUGGAAAUUAAAAAGCUUUGGUAGUUUAAGAAAUAUUUAUAAAACAGAGGAGGAGAACUUCGAGUUCAUCAUCGUGUCCAGCACGGGCCAGACGUGGCACUUCGAGGCGGGCAGCUUCGAGGAGCGCGACGCCUGGGUGCAGGCCAUCGAGAGCCAGAUCCUGGCCAGCCUGCAGUGCUGCGAGAGCAGCAAGAACAAGGCUCGCAUGGACAGCCAGAGCGAAGCCGUGGCCAUCCAGGCCAUCCGCAACGCCCGGGGCAACUCGCUCUGCGUGGACUGCGGGGCACCCAACCCCACCUGGGCCAGCCUGAACUUGGGGGCCUUGAUCUGCAUCGAGUGCUCGGGGAUCCACCGCAACCUGGGCACCCACCUCUCCCGUGUGCGCUCCCUUGACCUGGACGACUGGCCCCGGGAGCUCACUCUGGUGCUGACGUCCAUCGGCAACGCCACUGCCAACAGCAUCUGGGAGAAGAACCCACAGGGCCGCUGCAAGCCCACCCACGAGUCCUCCCGGGAGGAGCGGGAGUCGUGGAUCCGGGCCAAGUACGAGCAACGGCUCUUCCUGGCACCACUGCCGGCGGCGGAGGCACCACUGGGGGAGCAGCUCUUCUGCGCGGUGCAGGAGAAGGACCUGGAGAUGGUGCUGCUGCUCCUGGCCCACAGCAAGAAGGAGCAGCUCAACAUCAGCACCGGCGACAAGGACCGGCGCACGGCGCUGCACAUGGCCUGCGACAUGGCCCUCGUGGUCAUCACCCAGCUGCUGGUGUGGUACGGCGCGGACGUUCGGGCACGGGACGGGCAGGGCCGCACCGCGCUCUUCUACGCCCGCCGCGCCGGCAGCCAGGAGUGCGCCGACAUCCUGCUGCAGCACGGCUGCCCCGGCGAGGGUCCCGGCAGCCCGGCCACCCCCGGCCUGCGCCGCAAGAGCAGCUGCGCCAGCGUGGGGCCCUGCGAGCCCCGGACCGCCCUGGUAUAGCCGGCGCGGGGCCCGGUGCCCGCUCGGCAUUCCCCAGGACUGCGGGUGCCCGCUGGCCCCGGCGUUGCCCACCGCCGCCCCACGGUUUGUAUUUUUGAUGCUCUUAUUUAUUAAUCAGCUCCCGCUGGGGUCUCUUCUGGUCCUGCACCCCCCCCGCCCCCCCCGCCCGUGCCAGGUCCCCGCCCGCGCUCGGGGCUGGCAGUGGUGGCACUGGGUCGCCCUCCCGGUGCCGCUGCGGCCCCCCCUCGCCCUCCCCUCGCCCACGUCAUUCCACUCGUGCCACCCCCGCCCGUGCCACCCCCUCCUCGCCUGAGCCACAUCCCCCCCCCACUGUGGCACCCUGCUCACAUCACCCCAUUGUGUCGCCCUCCCUGUGCCCCCCCGCCCCCCAUCCAUGCCACCCCCUCUGCACCACAUCACCCGCCCCACGCCACCCCCAGCCAUGUGCCCCCCCACCCCAUGCCCCCCUGGCACAGCCCCCCCAGCUCUGUGGCAGGAGCAGAGCAGACCCCACCUCCCCCCAGCCCCCCCCGCCUCCUUUUCUACAACAACCUUUUGUACACCCCCUCCCACCCCGCCGUGGCCUGACACCCCAACCCGUCCCGUCCCCCCCCCCUUUUCUCAGCAUCCCCUUGGGAACCUCUUUAAUUUAUUGCUUCGUCUAGUGUUAGGAUAGAGCCAGCCCCCCCCUCACCACGGUGCCAUGGCGCCUGGGGGGGGGGGGGGAACCGCCGGUGGGACCCCUGCCGCCUCUCCCGCUGGCCGUGGGCCUUUGGGGGGGGGGCUCACCCCGUCCGCUGCCCCGGGACACCCCCGUGAAUGUAGGGGCACCCCUUGCUGUGACGCCCCUGACGCACCCCGUGCCCCGGCAGCACCAGCGAGGCUGAGCCAGGGUCCCCGGUUUGGGGGGCUGGGGGGUGAGAGGGGGCCGGGAGGGGGGUCCGGGCCGUGCCGGGGCGGGGGCUGGGCCGUGUACAGCAUUUUCAUCUCUCGGGUUGUAACUGUAAGUACGUAACAAUGUCGGACUUGGCGCUGUGA